CUCCUACUCUUCCCGCCAGUUACGAGAAAGAGUAGAUUGCCUUGACCAUCCGUGCUCUGCCGCUUUCCUCAAGAUGAACGCCGCUACCGCUCUCCGGGCCAGAAUGGCCACCUCUUUCGUCGCCCGUCGUGGCUUUUCCACCACCCGCGCCCAGCUCGGCAGCCCGUUCCACUACGCUGAGGGUCCUCGCUCCAACAUCCCCUUCAACCCUCUUACCAAGUUCUUCUUCGUCAGGUACUGGGCUUUCAUGAUCACCGGUUUCGGUGCCCCCUUUGCCAUUGCUGGUAUGUUAUUCUUUGAUUUGCCGACAGUUUUGGUCGAACAUCUAACAAGAUCUUCUCUACAGUCUGGCAAACCUACAAGACUCGCUAAGCGGGUUUUCGCAAUGUAUACCUUCUCCGCGCCAUGGGAUCGUUGGGCACUGGGAAUUGGUCGAAAAUGUACCCUACACUGGAAGUAUUCGGAAUUUGUGUAUAAAGCUAGAGAAUCGAUUGUUAAGCUCUGAUUUCCGGUGUAUUCAAUAAACUGCAUUCUAGUAUAUUUAUGAGCUCGUAGUUGGGGUGGGAGUGAAUUUGGGUCAAAAUGGGCUGAUUCCAUAUUAGAAUAUGGAUGAAGUCAUUGGUCGAUUUUUUGUCUGCAGAGAAAAUUAA